GGAGGCGGGGUGGCUGAGAGAGAAGCUGUGUGCAUUCUGUUCCUGAGGGCAGCAACACAUCAGAUGGGCGCAGCUCCGGCAGCCAUAAAGAAGAAAAAAAAAGAGACUAAAAUAUAUCCAGAAAGUUGGUCUAUAAUUGGCCAGGCCUGUCAGGGUUGUUUUUAUGCCUGUGAGCUGAACAGCUAGCUAGAGCAGUACAAGCCACCUCGUCCACUAGUGAAACCCUACACUUUCAACUUCAGUCAGUUCCUCCCUCUCUAUCCACCCGUCCAAGAGGUAGUAGCAGAUGCUCACCUCACUUUGGACUUUUUAUCAACACUUGGAUUGACAUCGUGGUGGAUUUUAGGAUUACAUUUCUUCGCACCUGUAAAGGAAGUCAUUUGGGCGAUUCACCGUUGGAUAGGGGAUGGUGCCUUAAUGCUGAGCUAAGGAACAAGUGAGAACUGGAGGAUAGGAGCCACACAGAGCGAGAGAGAGACCUCCAGUGAAACUAAGUGAUCUGCAAUCCAGGUUGGAGACUUUGAUGGUGAUCACAACCUAAGCUCAAAAGACCAGAGGCUGAUAUGGAGCUGCGACUGGGAUGCAGGGCUUCCCUGGUCCUGGUCAUACUGGUCCUGACACUCUCAGGACUGAGGGUUGAUGCUCAGAGCAGGGCAGGCUGUAAGAACGUGCACUAUGACCUGGUGUUCAUCCUGGACACGUCGUCCAGUGUGGGGAAGGAGAACUUUGAGAAGAUCCGCCAGUGGGUCUCCAACCUGGUGGAGUCGUUCGACGUGGGCCCGGACAAGACGCGUGUGGCUGUGGUACGCUACAGCGACCGGCCCACCACCGAGUUCAACCUGGGACGGUACAGCACCAUGGACGAGGUGAAGAAGGCCGCCAGGAACAUCCGCUACCUGGGAGGGAACACCAUGACCGGGGACGCCAUCAGCUACACCACCACCAACAUCUUCACAGAGCGGGCCGGGGCCAGGCCUGCCGCCAGGGGCAUCCAGAAGGUGGCUAUCCUCCUGACGGACGGGAGGAGCCAGGAUUACGUGUUGGAGCCUUCCAAGGCGGCGGCGAAGGCCGGGGUGAGGAUGUUCGCAGUGGGCAUCGGGGAGGCUCUGAAGGUGGAACUCGAAGAGAUCGCUGCGGAACCUAAGAACGCUCACGUGUUCCAUGUGACAGACUUUAACGCCAUCGACAAGAUCAGAGGGCGGCUGAGGAGACGGCUCUGUGAAAACGUGCUGUGCCCCAAUAUGAAGGUCCAACCAGACCGCUUCAAACCCAACAGUACCAGUUAUGGAUUGGAGGAAGUUCCAGGGUUCGACCUGAUGGAAUACUUCAAAGUGGAAAACAUACUGGGACCAAGGUUUGAUGAGGGCCAAAGCUCCUAUGUUCGACUAGGGACCAUGCCUAUUGUACAACAGACAGAAGAUGUGUUCCCUCAAGGUCUGCCAGAUGAAUAUGCUUUUGUGACGACUUUCAAGUUCAGGAAGACCUCGAGACGAGAGGACUGGUACCUCUGGCAGAUCUUUGACAAGUAUGGAAUUCCACAGGUGUCUAUCCGUCUGGACGGUGAGAACAAGGCAGUGGAAUACAAUGCAGUGGGGCUGACCAAAGACGCAGUGAGAGCUGUGUUCAAGAACGAGGAGGUGGACAACCUGUUCGACAGGAACUGGCACAAGAUCGCCCUGAGCGUCGAGGCCAAGGCUGUGUCUCUCUACCUGGACUGUAAACUCAUCCAGACCCUGCCCAUCGGGGACAGGGAGGACAUCGAUAUCCACGGGAAGACUGUGAUCGGGAAGAGGCUGUACGACAGCGUGCCCAUUGAUUUUGACCUUCAGAGAAUGAUCAUCUACUGUGACUCCAAACACGCUGAGCUGGAGACCUGCUGUGAUCUGCCCACCGGGCCGUGCCCCAAGAAGGUGGUGACGGAGGCCCCUCCCAUAGAGAUUCCCACCCCCACCCCUGCAAGGGAGGAGCAGCAGAGAGGACCCCAGGCGGUCAACUGCUCAUGUCCCGCUGGAGAGAGGGGAGAGAUCGGUGUACCUGGCGUUGCCGGGCCCAAGGGUGAAAAGGGUGAUACUGGUGCUCUGGGAGCAGCUGGACCUUCUGGCCUCAAGGGAGCCAAAGGAGAAACUGGCAAAGUAAUAUCUGUCAAGGGAGACAGAGGUGAGAAGGGGGAUCUCGGGAGACGGGGGACAUCCGGCAAUGAAGGAUCCAAAGGGGAGAAGGGAACCAGUGGAGCGGCAGGUCUUGCUGGGAAAGAUGGAUCUAAAGGAGAAAGAGGUGAAUCUGGGCUGGCAGGCGAUCAGGGAUUACCUGGACCUCUGGGACCAAAGGGAAUUGAAGGAGACUCGGGACUUCCUGGUUCAUCUGGACCCAAAGGUGUCGGUGGUGAAAAAGGUUUGAAAGGAGAUAAAGGAUCAGGAGGAUUAAGGGGUGCCAAAGGUAUUGACGGAUUCCCUGGAAAACCUGGUGUUCCUGGAAAAGAUGGUUUGGGAGGACUGACUGGGGCACCUGGAGCCGCUGGAGUGAAAGGGGAAAAGGGAGAGAUGGGCCCUGCUGGAAUGCCUGGGGAUAUGGUUCAGAGCGAGGGCUUGAAAGGAGUGGAUGGACCCCCAGGACCUCGUGGCCCUCCAGGGCCUGACGGCCCCCCAGGACCCCCUGGUGCACCUGGUCAACUUGGUUUACCUGGCGAACCUGGAGAGUUUGGCCAAAGGGGCAAGAAAGGUGAAAGUGGAUUACCCGGUGUCGAUGGGCUACCCGGACCUCCUGGUCCCCAGGGGCCUCCUGGAGGGCAAGGAAACCCUGGACAAACUGGACCUCCUGGUCUACCUGGUGAGAUUGGAUUUUCAGGGAAACUAGGAGAGCCUGGCAAAGCUGGUUUACCUGGAAACGAUGGGCUGGACGGAGUUCCAGGAAAUGACGGAGACAAGGGGCCUAGAGGAGAGUCUGGAUUGGAUGGCUUCCCUGGUAAACCUGGUCCUAAGGGUGAAGAAGGAACACCUGGGCCAAGAGGACCUGGAGGAGAGAGUGGACCAGUUGGUUUAACUGGACAACCAGGGGUCGUUGGACCAAGAGGAGAGAAAGGAGGACAGGGUGACAGGGGACAAGAUGGCUCUUUCGGGCCAAAGGGUGACAAAGGUGACAAGGGUGACACAGGACCCAAGGGAACUCCAGGAAUACCAGGAAAUGUAGCCAAUGUUAUCCCUGAGCCUGGUGAGCCUGGAAAUCCUGGAGCGAGAGGAGAAAAGGGAGAGCAGGGGAAUCCAGGAGAGAUUGGUCAACGAGGACUGCCUGGUGAACCAGGCUUUAAAGGACUGGCUGGACCACAGGGCCCUAAAGGAGACAUCGGCCCUAAAGGAGAGACUGGGAGACAAGGAGACCCUGGUCCUCCAGGAUUGCAGGGUACGCAGGGCACCCGUGGAUUGCCUGGCAAUGCGGGCAUCCCUGGAACCCUUGGACCACCUGGAAUAGCUGGACAGAGAGGAGAGAGGGGAGAUUUGGGGAAGGAGGGUCGUGCUGGCCCCCCAGGUCCCCCUGGAGAUGCAGGCAUACAAGGACCCCCUGGCCUACCAGGGAAGGGCAAAGACGGACAGAACGGUGACCCUGGGCAGCGGGGAAUUGAAGGACCUCCCGGACAGAAGGGCCAACCCGGAUCCCAGGGACUUCAGGGGGGUCCAGGGGACAGGGGUCCACCAGGAGAAGGCAAAGUCGGACCCCCGGGACCUUCAGGGCCCAAUGGUGCAGUUGGAUCACCGGGCAUGAGAGGUCUGCCAGGCGUCGCAGGUACACAGGGACCUGCAGGACACAAUGGUUUACCAGGACGACCAGGAGAGAAGGGAUCCCCAGGAGAGCCAGGGGCAGCAGCAGACUUGUCAGAUUUGAAUCUGAAGGAUGUGUGUUCAGACUGCCCGGCCGGACCCCCGGGACAGCCUGGUCUCCCAGGGACACCAGGAGACAAGGGACCCGCCGGACCUCCAGGGAAGAACGGACAGGACGGGUACCAAGGCCAAGCAGGCCCGACCGGACCCGCUGGACCCCCAGGAGCCAACGGAGAGAAGGGUGUGAAAGGUGAUAGAGGACCCCAAGGAGGACCUGGAGACAAAGGUGAAACGGGUCACACCGGACCCCCUGGCCACCCCGGUGCUGCUGGCAUCACGGGGAAUCCUGGUAACGACGGUCAACCCGGCCCCAUUGGUCCCCCAGGAGCCCCUGGAGAAAAAGGAAAGGAGGGGAUGAAGGGAAUCCAGGGGCCACCAGGUCUACCAGGCUUAAUGGGUCAAAUGGGUAAAAUUGGCAAAGAUGGCCGACCAGGAGAACAAGGAGAACCUGGUAAACAAGGAGAGACAGGACCACCAGGACAACCAGGUCUCAGGGGAAUGCCUGGCUUCAAGGGUCACAGAGGAGAGCCUGGACAACCAGGUUCAAAGGGUGAAGAUGGAAAGGAAGGACGUAACGGACCGGAGGGUAAACCUGGCCAAGACGGUAAUACUGGACCUCCUGGGCCAGAAGGCUUGGCUGGCCGGAGAGGGGAGAAUGGUAAACCGGGUGAACCAGGACCUUCAGGAAAGCCAGGAGCCCCUGGUACUCCAGGUCAGGCUGGAGCGAAGGGAGACCCUGGGAACCCAGGAUUACCAGGCUUUAGUGGUCCCAAGGGACCGUCGGGUCCUGCUGGUCCGGUCGGCCCAGAGGGGAAACAGGGUAUGUCUGGCAGAGCAGGAGAACGUGGAGUCAAAGGAGAGAGGGGCGACUCAGGUGGGAAGGGAGAUAAGGGACCUGUUGGAGAUCCAGGUAUGCCUGGUAACCAGGGGCUCCCAGGUCGUAAGGGCCACACAGGGAUGAUGGGUAUGUCCGGGCCCCCAGGAGAGGUGGGUCUUACUGGGCCUCAGGGAACACCUGGAAACCCCGGACAACCAGGACCACGGGGAGAGUCACCAUCACUGGAAACAAUGAGAAGGCUGAUCCAGGAGGAACUAGCGAAAGCGCUAGAUGCCAAAAUGGCCUACCUGAUGGCCCAGAUCCAGCCGGCCCAUGUGAAGAGCACGGCAGGUCGGCCAGGACCUCCAGGCCCCUCGGGGAAAGAAGGGAGCGACGGUCGACCCGGACCACCAGGGGAGCCUGGCAUGCCUGGGCAGAACGGAGGAGACGGCAUGAGGGGACCCAUGGGUCCUAAAGGUGAGAGAGGAUCCAGAGGAGACAAGGGAGAAAACGGAGUUGGACAGAGAGGAGAGACUGGACCAUCAGGUCCUAUAGGACCAGCAGGUAUGCCAGGCUAUGGUAAGGACGGGCAGCCCGGGGCGGCUGGAGCUCAGGGAGAACCAGGGAACCCUGGUCCCCAUGGCCAGGCAGGCCCCAGUGGACCCCCAGGGCAGUGUGACCCCUCCCAGUGUGCCUACUAUGCCAGCCUGGGAGCACGACCCCACACCAAGAACGUCAAGGGGAAUUAAAGAGACAGAAACACACAGAAGGUGCGUCCGAUAUGGCAACAUCUAAAGGGAAUAGGAUGCCACGUCGGAUGCAGCCAGAGAGCUACAGGACCCUACCCAAGUCCAGAUAUUUAUGAACUGGGAUGUGUCAGGAUGAACCAAAAACUUUUCUUUCUAUUACGAUGUUUCUUCUCGGUGUGGAGGGAUCUCGAGAGAAGUGUGCUGUCUUUGGGGGGGGGGGGGUUGAGGGGCGUCUAAUAUUUGGUAAUGUCAUCAUCAAGAAUUACACAACUUGUUCAAUUUAGACGGACUGCCGUUGUUCUUAUCCGGCUCGAAGGACCAUGUAAAAGACCACCGACUACAGUCAUGCUUACUGGGCUAUGAUGUGGCAGCACGGAACCAGGCCUGGGUCCAAAUAGUAUUUGUUUUCACUUGUUUGAACUUGCCUCACACAAUGGAACCUAUGGAAUAGUCCCCAAAUGUGCAAACCCGGCCUAUCAGCACUUUAGGCAGGCUCAAUCAAACGCUCACAACUAUUUCAAAGAAAACUAAAACUAUCGGUACCCGGGUCUGGUACAAGAUGGAGCCCCAGUUACAGAACGGCCAUUUAACUGACUCCAAAUGAUGCCUUAAUAGUGUUGUCAGUCUCCCAGCGUACACAGUCGUCAGCCUGGAAUGGGUUUAGCAUUAGAUUUAACGUCAGCCCAUUUGUCAGUGUCCACAACAUUGAUCCAGAGAUAGGCAUCUCCUCUGGAGUCAACUGGUAAUUAUCCAGUCAACGAUUUGAUCUACUUUGUUUUUAUUGAUGGGAAGGAAGAUUAGCCUUGGGGGGGGUGACUAAGGCACAAUCUAAAAUAACAAUACUGAAUUUCAUGGAAGGAUCUUUAAUGAGCAUGUGGAUGGAGGUGAAAAAUUUCAUGCGUUGUUUUGUUUUGCCUUGCCUGUACGCUUAUGAUAGUGCAAUUGUCUUGAAUAAUGACAGCCAGGCCACCAGUACUGGUCAGGGUGAAUACUGAGCUCUUAGAUUAUCUGGGUAUCUUACUAGAAUGUCCACCUUAUUACAAACUAAGAUACUUUGUGACAGCUUUAAUUGUCUAUUUGUAUGAUGUUCAUUGUUCCUCCAAAGGGAAUCCAACCUCAUGAAUGCAUGUAAGGCUGUCAAGUAGACAAAACCCAUAAGACUCUUUCAAAAUGAAAUGUAAAACUUUAAAAGGAAAACUACAUUUCCCCUUUCGUUUCUCAAUAAGUGUCUCUGGUGAUUCCACAGUCAGGCUGUAAACAGUCUGGAGAGAGAAGGUACUAAAUUCACAGCCUUUGUUCCAGUCGUUCCUCAAAAGUUACUUGCUUCCUGGUUUCACGCCACGUUCUCUUCCUCCUGCUUAUUAGUCUGUCGGGGACACUGACUCAAAUAAAGACAUUCUUUUAACUAAUAAGUGCUUGAUAAAAUGAGUUUGUUCUUCCCUGUGUUGUAUAUUCUGAUUGGUAAGGUCAGUGAGUAUUCUGUCUGAAGGAUGUUCCUCACUCAACCCCCAUCGGACCAAUUAUAUCUUCUCUAAAACUCACAAGACUGAUCGAGCGAGAGAGAGUCAGUAAAAAAAUACAAUAGAUAGCCCACUGCUCACUCUAGGGGAAUGAUUUUGGCUUGAAAAAGGCGAAGAAAUGUAACGCAUCAACGUUGAGGUUCUGAAAUGUUAAUCAGGUCACCAAUGAAGUCAAAUAGAUAUAUUGUCUUUUAGUCUUUACUUAUGGAUGUGAGCCUGGAUCCAGCAUUUAUUUUUAGAACACCCACAGUGUUCCAGAACACAAGCCAACACCAAGGGUUCCAGAACACAAGCCAACACCCACAGUGUUCCAGAACACAAGCCAACACCCACAGUGUUCCAGAACACAAGCCAACACCCACAGUGUUCCAGAACACAAGGCAACACCCACAGUGUUCCAGAACACAAGGCAACACCCACAGUGUUCCAGAACACAAGGCAACACCCACAGUGUUCCAGAACACAAGGCAACACCCACAGUGUUCCAGAACACAAGGCAACACCCACAGUGUUCCAGAACACAAGGCAACACCCACAGUGUUCCAGAACACAAGGCAACACCCACAGUGUUCCAGAACACAAGGCAACACCCACAAGUGUUCCAGAACACAAGCCAACACCAAGUGUUCCAGAACACAAGCCAACACCCACAGUGUUCCAGAACACAAGCCAACACCCACAGUGUUCCAGAACACAAGCCAACACCAAGUGUUCCAGAACACAAGGCAACACCCACAGUGUUCCAGAAUACAAUGCCAACAGCCACAGUGUUCCUGAACACAAGCCAACAGCCACAGUGUUCCAGAACCCAGGCCAUCACCCAGUGUUCCAGAACGCAGGCCAACACCCACAGUGAAAGCACUGCUUGGCCAACUGCACCUCAGGUCAUUUCAUUGAAGGACAUCCAAAGAGCUCUCCUGAAUAUUUAUAGCUAAACAUAUGUUGCGUACUGUACUGCAGCCUAUCAAACUAUGCCUCAUGAUCCAUAGCAGUCAAAGAGACUGAUGCACUCUUCAAUGAAUGCAUACACUUUACCACCACAUCACAGUGGAGAUGUGUGGACUUGGUUUUGAAUUAGGUGUCAGAAUGACACAGGAGCUAUACUACAGUAACAUAAUGGUUUUGUAAUUGGAAAAUGCUUUUUAGCCCAUUGAUAUGAACCUCAGAAUGUCGUCUGUUUGAUUCCACUGCUCCGCAUAGCAAAUAUUGCAGAAGGUUCUAGUUUUAUAAUUAUUGGCUUGGCUUGUUUCUUAAUUUCAUAUACAUUUGUGAUUAUUCAAAACAACCAACUGUAUGCAAUUGAUUGAGGUUUUUUGUUCGUUAUACUGUUCCAUGAUUUACAGUUUGAAGUACCUGUUGCCUACCAUAUGUGGAAUGUUAAAAAUGGUUUCACAGUGGUGACCCUUACCUGUUUAUCCUAACAAACUGGUGCGAAAACAUCCUUCAUUACUGGCUGGUAUAUUUGUAAGUAUUGGAAAGGUAUAUUAUGUACUGUAUCAUGUUGUAAUAAAUACCGGAACAGA